AUGUCUCUCCCGAAGAGCGUCCUCAAUGUCUCUCCCGAAGACCGUCCCCCAAUGUCUCUCCCGAAGACCGUCCCCCAAUGUCUCUCCCGAAGAGCGUCCUCAAUGUCUCUCCCGAAGAGCGUCCCCAAUGUCUCUCCCGAAGAGCGUCCUCAAUGUCUCUCCCGAAGAGCGUCCUCAAUGUCUCUCCCGAAGAGCGUCCCCCAAUGUCUCUCCCGAAGAGCGUCCCCCAAUGUCUCUCCCGAAGAGCGUCCUCAAUGUCUCUCCCGAAGAGCGUCCCCCAAUGUCUCUCGCGAAGAGCGUCCUCAAUGUCUCUCCCGAAGAGCGUCCUCAAUGUCUCUCCCGAAGAGCGUCCUCAAUGUCUCUCCCGAAGAGCGUCCCCCAAUGUCUCUCCCGAAGAGCGUCCCCCAAUGUCUCUCCCGAAGAGAGUCCCCCAAUGUCUCUCCCGAAGAGAGUCCCCAAUGUCUCUCCCGAAGAGAGUCCCCCAAUGUCUCUCCCGAAGAGAGUCCCCCAAUGUCUCUCCCGAAGAGCGUCCCCCAAUGUCUCUCCCGAAGAGCGUCCCCCAAUGUCUCUCCCGAAGAGAGUCCCCAAUGUCUCUCCCGAAGAGAGUCCCCAAUGUCUCUCUCGAAGAGAGUCCCCAAUGUCUCUCCCGAAGAACGUCCCCAAUGUCUCUCCCGAAGAGAGUCCCCCAAUGUCUCUCCCGAAGACCGUCCCCCAAUGUCUCUCCCGAAGAGCGUUGCCCAAUGUCUCUCCCGAAGAGAGUCCCCAAUGUCUCUCCCUAAGAACGUCCCCAAUGUCUCUCCCGAAGAGCGUCCCCCAAUGUCUCUCCCGAAGAGCGUUCCCCAAUGUCUCUCCCGAAGAGAGUCCCCCAAUGUCUCUCCCGAAGAGCGUCCCCCAAUGUCUCUCCCGAAGAGCGUCCCCCAAUGUCUCUCCCGAAGAGAGUCCCCAAUGUCUCUCCCGAAGAGAGUCCCCAAUGUCUCUCCCGAAGAACGUCCCCAAUGUCUCUCCCGAAGAGAGUUCCCCAAUGUCUCUCCCGAAGAGCGUUCCCCAAUGUCUCUCCCGAAGAGCGUCCCCCAAUGUCUCUCCCGAAGAGCGUCACCGCGAAAUGCCUGGAAUUAUUGCCCGGCGCGCCAUCAAAGAGAAAAUAAAGAUCUAAAACUUAAGACCAGUGAUUUAAAACACAUAGGAGCAUUGCGUACGACCACUCUACCCGACGACCACUCUACCCGACGACUACUCUACCCAACGACCACUCUACCCAACGACCACUCUACCCGACGACUACUCUACCCGACGACUACUUUAACCCGACGACCAUUCUACCCAACGACCACUCUACCCGACGACUACUUUAACCCGACGACCAUUCUACCCAACGACCACUCUACCCGACGACUACUCUACCCGACGACUACUUUAACCCGACGACCAUUCUACCCAACGACCACUCUACCCGACGACUACUUUAACCCGACGACCAUUCUACCCAACGACCACUCUACCCGACGACUACUCUACCCGACGACUACUUUAACCCGACGACCAUUCUACCCAACGACCACUCUACCCGACGACUACUUUAACCCGACGACCAUUCUACCCAACGACUACUCUACCCGACGACUACUCUACCCGACGACUACUUUAACCCGACGACCAUUCUACCCAACGACCAUUCUACCCAACUACCACUCUACCCGACGACUACUCUACCCGACGACUACUUUAACCCAACGACCAUUCUACCCAACGACCAUUCUACCCGACGACUACUCUACCCGACGACUACUUUAA